CACGGCUGACAUGUAUAUGUAAACACGUACCACACUCGGUAAGAGAAUUUUGCCUAGUCCGAGGGCGCUUUCUUGAUUUAACGUAAAUUGUGUAAUUAUGAAAACCGGAAAGGAACAAGAUAAGGGAAAAAUAUUGCGGACAGCGAUACGUGAAAAACGAUGAGUUUGGAGUGUGCGCGAGUGGAGAAAGUGGGCUGAUAACUGUGCGAGAGCGAGAUAGAGUUUUGUACACAAGCUCCAAAGUUGCCGCUAGCGGCGUUGGGUUCGCGUUUCGUUGGAGCCCCCCCAGUGAAAAGAUGGCCGCCGUGAGAGCGUACGGUGUCGAUGUUGACGUCGUCGUUGAGCUAGUGGCCGCGUCCAGUGUGUCAGCAUGAGAGCCGUCACAGGUCGCGCUCUCGUGUCUCAAUCAAAUGCUCUCGUUGUAUAUAUUUGUUCGGUGUAACUUGGUGAAAAGUGACGUUUAGCGAAAAACAAGUGCGCGAGAGAGAGAGAGAGGGAGAACCAAAACGAAAAAACCCCAAGCAUAAAGGAAUAUUUUCGGUGAAGUCCGUGGGGAGUCGCCGAGUGCGAGAAAGAGAUAUACAUAUUAUAUAUAGUGAGCGUGUGAGAGACAGGGAGAGAGAAAGACAGAUAAAGAGAGAGUGAGAGAGCGGACAAUUUAUGUAGCACACAGAAUAGACGAAACAGCAAACACGGUUUGCAUAAAUUGCGAUAUCAAAUAGAAUCGGUGUGCUCUCGAGUCGAAUACAACGUGAAACAAAUUUUCGUGAGUCGCGAGUGAACCGAGUCAAGAAGAAGAAGAAGAAGAAGAAGACAAGUGGAGAAAGGAGAGAGCGGGGGAGGAAAGAAAGAAAGAAGCAGGACCGAGAGUACGAUUGAAGCAAGACGUUUCGGUAUUUAAUAUACGGGACGACGCGCGUGUGUCGCGCGUGACCUUCGCGCCAGCCCCCGAUCGGUGGCGAGGCUGUACGCGAGAGAAAGAGUGAGAAAUAGCAGCGCCAAGAAAAAACCGAAUAUCUACAUUUACGCAAGUGUAUAUAUUUAAAAAAAGUAACAAAUAUACGACGAUAUUCCGAGUGGACGAAACAGGACGAAGCAAGGAAUACGUUCGGGGAUUUCUAGGGGCGUGGGUGGAGGGCCUCGCAGCGGAAGGAUUAAACAGUGAGUGUGGGUGGUUGAAAGCAGUGAAGAGUUGAGAAAAAAAGUGUAACCGGCACUCGGGGGAAGAGUGAAGCAGAGGUAAGAGCGGGAGGGAGGCCUUCGGUCAUUUGUUUCGGGGGUCGAAGAGGGCGGGAGGGGGGGGGGGGGGUGUGAAAAAUCGGCCGAGCGCGUUGAGGAUCGGGCGAGGUUGCUGAUGUCCGCCACGAGUGGUGAAUUCUCUGCUCCUGGACGGUGCUCGGGACGAGGUCGAAACAGGUCGAAUCCUCGAAACGUAAUUAAAUCGUGCAAGCUCCAGAGGGAGCCGAGGCUCCUGCUCCUUCCGUCGUCGUCGUCGUCUUCGUUGUCGACGUCGUCGCCAGGAACGAGCAGAACCAGUCUCAGCUCAACUUGCGCCCCUACGAGCUACGAGCUUCUCAUCACCGCUCACACCGGCGGCUACUGCUACGCUACCGGCCUCCACGGAUCUCCCAACUACCAAUCCCAACUCGUCGCAUCGACAAACCACUAUCGCUAUAGCGUAAGACACUCCUCUGAAUGUCUUCGCACAUCCAAAAGUCGUGCGUGGUAAGAUUCGAUUUUACAGAGCCGCGUGUAUAAUCUCACAGAGCUUGAUCGACGAGAUAUUUAUCGUUAGUCCAAGUGCUUAUUUCGGGAUGAUAGGAAAUCGGACGCUCAACGAAAUUGGACUGGUCAAAGGGCUUGAAGCUACAUUGAGUGACAGCAAAAAAAAAUACGGGGACAAGGUGAAUGCACUUCUGUCCGCCUGGGAGCAUGUUACCAAUUUCAUUCCUGCCGCAACUCCAGAGGGCACCCAGUCUCUCAUAGAAUGGGUCCACAAACACACUUUGAAACUGGUAUUGCGCGGGGAAUGGCCGAAGCUGUCACCUGCGACAAAGACGCAUCUCUGCGUGACGUUGCAGAGGUGCGCGACUCACCUGGUGCACCAUUCGGCCGCACCGAGGUGCACCGCUCUCAUAGCUCUUGUCAACAAUCCCUGGGCUCGUCCAGCCCUCGACAGCAUACUCAACGGUCAACCUGAUUCCGAGAAUGAAGACGAAUUUUGCUGCUCGGAAAAGGGCGAAUUACUGACAAUGCGGCUGAAAAUACUCUGCGAGGAUCGCUGCGAGGACAUUGCCAUAAACCUCGCCGCGGCGUGCGUUCGUUCUCUCAGAAGGAGCGAUCGCUUGCGCUCCGUCUCGGAUCCUCAACACGUCGAUUUCAUGCUCGACGUAUACAUUGUUCUCUUGUACAAAUUGAAACGCAUGCAAGAUAUACUUGCUCAAUUAAAAUUAAUGGACCUGAACGAGGCGCUAGAACUAGUCCAGAGACUCAGCGGUGAGAAACCAACCAAGUACGGAACCGCCCGAGUUUGGAGAAACUCGAUAAAAGCUGCCGAAUUGGUUGCCCAGUAUCUCGUUACCGCUGGAAUGGUCCGGCCUGUUGCCGAAACCGGGGCAAAUGUUCUCGAGCAGAUAUUCAAUUCGUGGUCAAUGUUACAUGCCAAAUUGAAGGAUAUAUCGACCACCUUGCCCGGAAUGAUUAGGAAAUUGAUUGAGCCGGCUGAGAGUGCACAGCACAUGUACAUUUUUUGUGCAGUUUUGCUCAAACACUUUGGUGAAAGCGUCAAGCCUCUCGUGAUCGAGCUUUACGUGCGAGCUCUGACGACCGACAUGAACGAAUUGGAAAAUCAAAAGGCCAAGGCCGACAGGGAAAAAGUUCGUGAAACUGCGGAACGUUUGGGUGGUCAAUUUUUAAAAUUAGCCGACGUUGUCGACAAAAACAUUGGUAUAGCCCGGGAAUGCGUGUUGACGGCAUUCUCGUUGCAUCCGACGCGCGCUUGCUACGAUAGAGUUAUUGAAAUGGCUGUGGCCUGUGGCAAAACGAAACAUUCCGGCAGCGGUGGUGAGGAUAACGACAACGAUGACGCCAAGAUCGUAGAAAAAUCGAGUUUCAAUUUAUUAGAAAAAGUCAAAGGGAAUAAUAUUAUGGAUACAGCCGAGACGACAGAAAGGGGGGGAGUCGAGGCGACGACGAGAGGUUGUUGCUUAAAAAGUAUUUCAAAUUCAUCAUCACCAUCGGUUUUAACGAGUUCGAACGGUGAAACGAAACAUUUUCAAAGAAAGGAUCAAGGGUUAAAUGCAUUGAAAUCGUCGGAGAAGUGUAUGUUUCAUUCGAAGAAAGAGAUGAAAAUGGAGGAGGAGGAAGAGGAGGAGGAGGAUUCGCCUUCCGGUGAGUUGUGCUUCAAUUGCGGCGAAUUUACGAAGGAUCGUACGGUAGAUGGGUUAAACAACAAAUCCACCGAGGUAUCAACAGCGGCAACAACGAAGACAACAACGGGCAGUGGCAACAAUGCGGAUCGAUCAUUGGACGCUCUUAUACUUAUAAACGGGGAUGUGGUUACCGGUUCGGCCAACUACGACGAGAAAUCUGUGCCAAAUCAUAUGCUCGACGCGGAAAAACUCGGACUAACUCCCCAAUUGUGCGACGAUCUCGCAGUUGUACUUAACAGUCCUCGUUAUCACAUGCUCAGCUGGGUGCUCGAAUGGAAAGAAUUGCACAGCCUAUGCGAGCGUUAUCUCGAGAAUGCCGAAGAGAUCGGUAACACGAACAAGGAGCUCAAGUAUCUGAAUAUCGAUUAUUCGCAAUUCAAAGAUUGGCCGUCGGAGGACGAUAACACCAAGGACGUGUUCUUUGGGAUCGAGAAAGGAUACGAGCAAUGGGUCGACAUGCCCUCGGACAGUUCCGAACAAUUUGGUAGUUUUCAACCGGCCGGUGGUUACAAGAGAUCAUCGACUCGGAGGAGCCUCGACGACACGACGGAUUCAGACAGCGGCAGCGUCAUGCAAUUACGGAGGACCGGGAGACAACGUAAAGUACACAGGUUAGAAUCAUCCGAGAGCGAUUACGAAAGUGCCGAGUGAGGUGGAAAUAAUUUCAGAAACAACAGCGGAACGAGCUCGGUGGUAUCCGAUACCGAUACCAAUACGCAGGACAGUCAGACCGAUAGUCUCGGUAGCGAUGGCUUCCGACGUGACAACAAAAUCAAUAAUUCUAGCCCGAUCGAGAUUUCGAAGAAGCGCGAUAAAGCUAGCAUUUGUUCCUCGAGCGUGGUCGAUUCGGUAUCGCAUUUUCACAUGCUCGUCAACGAUAAUCAUUUGCGUCAUACGCCGGAGGAUGUAAGCAGCUCGGACGUCAGUAGCAGCGACAUGAUAACGCUUUUCGCCGCGGACAUGGAUGAGAACAACCGCGAGACUAUAAAGGGUUCGACUUAUACGGCCGCUGCGCCUCUCAUAAUAACGGAAAAGCGGAGCGAUCCGGCGGUACUGAAAUCUCUGAGGAUGUUCAGACCGCACAAUGCAAAAAAGCAGCCAACGCGAAUGGCUCAGAUAUUGCAAAAGAAUUUCAUGAAUAAAAAUAAGGAAGCGGUCGCGGCUGUUGCGAACGCGGUGAACAAUAAUACGGGUAGUAACGUUGCUAAAUUCGCGCCGAUGUUGAGCACGCUCAAUCUCAAUCCUAAGAUUGUACUUACGAGAGCGGAUGAGGUAGAUCGUAAGCUGUUGGUUACGAAAAAAGCAGCGGUAGCCGCCGCUCAAUUGACCGCGGGGGAUAUAUCGAGUCAACUAAUUAAUAUACGCGAGAAAAUGCCAUUCUCGCCUCAUAAGAGUUCAAUCGGUGCAUAUCACAAACGGAAGGGUGAACCGAACGAUAAGGUCGGUGGCGGCGGUGGCGGGAGAGGUUCGCGAGCAGGGGCACCGGGUCGUAACCGAAGAAGCAUCGGCGUCGGCGUCGGUGUCGGUGUCGGCGUUGGUGGUGGUGGCGGUGGUGCCAGAUUGAAUUCGUCAAAAAACAAGUUUGAUAUUCUUGCCAAAGCUGUCAGAGAUUCGGACAUACUUGCCAAGAAUGUACCGGGGUUGAAUUCGUUGGAUAUGAUAGUACCGCCCCGAGUACAAUCGACGGUAAACGUUGUACAGCUCUCCCGAAACAUUCCACAAAGUCCGAAUUCAGGCUCGGCGAAUAGCGGCAAUACACCACCGAGAAAUCGUACCUCGAGUAUCGUUGGUAGUAACAUCCAGCUACCGGGUACACCUUCAUCCGGUGGACACGACAGCGGCGUAGGUUUGAGCCCGGCGGGACAAACACCACCUCCGAGAUUAUCGGGAUUGCACGACAUGGGUGACGAGGCGAAUCAGCCACCUGACAAUUCGCCAACGAACAGUUCUACGAACGCAUCGACCACGGAGCCCGAUAGUCCCCGUCGCGGCAAUCUUAAUCAGGCUUCUCGUCAAAACGACUCACCCACAGAGUCGUCAUCUCCUUCCGCAAGUAUCACUAACAGCAGCUUGCCCCCGAUAACUUCGGAGCAGCAGCAGCAGCAGCAGCAGCAGCAGCUCCACCUUGUGUGCAAACCUGGCGGAGGUUAUCAAUUAUCCUCUGUCCAAACCUCCUCCAACCCUCCUGCCAAUCAACGCAACCUCCUGACUCUCCACAAUCGCGAGGAAAGCGUUACUUUCCCUCGUCAAAUGCAGCGCGUUAUCGAGACUAGCCCGAUAAUCGUGAAUCGCAACACUUACGAGAGAACACCUAAUAUCCUUAAGCUCAAUCAGCAGUCGUCCGGGCAAAACGCUGUUUUACCAAAGUUUCAGCAGGCUUUCCGCAAAACCAUUUUUACGCUGUCGAGCGAAGGGACCACGACGAGCGGGACUAACGCGACCAUCUCAACGACGACAACGACGACGACGACAGUGCCGCCGACAGCGACGAAAACAACGACGACGACGACCGUUGCUGCGACCGCCGCGAGCACAGCAGCUAAUACGACUACGACGACGACCCCGACGACGGCCGUGGCAGCAGCAGUGGCAGCUGCAGCACAGGCAGCAGCUGCAGCAGCAGCAGCAGCAGCAGCAGCAGUAGCGACCACCACCAGUACCGGUACAAGUACCAUUACGGCUGGCGCUGCAACAUGUUCGACCGGCACAAAAAAUGAUACAUCGGUGUUGCUUCAACACUCGAGCGUUUUACAGAAGACGUCGAACCUCUCGAAAGCGGUGCAAACUUCGGUCCCGAGUACUCAUCAAUCGUCGAAUACGGGUAUAAACGUUCAAUCGUUAUCCAACAUACCGGUGACGAACCGUGGGUUGGCCGCGAGCAGCGCGCGACAAAUACUCAAUAUCGUACAAAGCGCCAACGCCAACAACGGGGGAAACGCCGGCGGAGGAAGCACCGGCACAGCCGUGAGUCAGACUCUCGCGCAACUUGUACAGAGCGGACCUCCCGGUGGCGUCAUAUACACGCACAAGCUUCCCGUUACGAUAUCGACGACGAAUCAGCUCAACCUCAUACCCUCGAUAUCGCACACUAAUUCUCUCCCGGGCGGUCGUACGCCAGUCGUUAAAUUGAAUAUCAUUCGAGCCGGUACGCCUUUGAGGCAGCAGCAACACCUUGCCGAAGCGAUACAAGCCGCGUUAUCCGGCGGUCCGCGUAUUCAGCAACAACAAACAACUCAGAACCAGUCGAGCGUCGUUAGAAACGAAGCACUCAUCAAUUCCUCGAUCGAAGUACCCAAUCAAGUUAGUUCCACCACUCUGGAACAACUUCGAGAAUUCGAAAGCGUUCUCGAGCAGGUUAAAGAGAGGAGUACGAUACAACCGCAACAAUUGCAAUCAACCUCCGGCAUCUCCUCGACAACUACCGUACAAACGCAAACAACGUGCCAACAGACACCACCGGGAGUCGUUGUCAAACAGCAUCAACAAGCGGUGAGUGCUCUCGCUCAACAACUCUUGAUACCGACUCAACCCCCGCCAACGAGUACCGAAUUUACGAGUAGUAACGGCAAUACGACCACUCUCACCUUCCAUCAACAAGAUGUAUUCUCGCAAAAAGUCUCGUUGGCCUACGUGAAUCAGAGUGGUUCUGCGGCGGGUGGAGCCGCAGGUGGCCCCGGUGGCGGUGGCUCAACGACGCCGCAAAAAGUCAUCGGAAAUUCUACGCAGGUCGUCGUUGUAACGAGCUACUGUCAACCGGCCGCCUCACCGGCUCUCAGCGUAACGUCUCAGAGCUCAUCGAGCCCCUGCGUAACACCCGCACCCGCCGCUUCGAGCAAUCCUUCGGCGGGUAAAACACCCCCGACGGCUUCCUCAAAAUCGAGCAAAAAAUUUGUACCUAAAGCGGUGAAAACGAGCAGCAACAGCAGCAGCUGCAGCAGCACUACGACGACCACGACGACCGCGACCUCCGCGAGCGCCACCGGCUCCACGACCACCACUACCGCAACUACCACCGCGGCAAAAGCAUCUCCCAUACCGAAACCUCAACAAAAGCCUCAAGAAGACGAGCAAACGGCUCAGAGGAUUUACACGAUAUUAGCCGAGUACGCGGAACAAUUGAGGAACUCCCCGGAUCUGAACAAUAAGCCUGCACCGAGAAGACGCUCCAAUCCACCCACCAAUCCCAGCCAAUCGUCGAAGCGUAAAAAAUCGAGCUCGAGCAAGUCGAAAUCGUCGAGCGGCGGGGGCGGAGGAGGAAGCGGGGGCCAAACCUCGGAGAUGAGUCCCGGCGGCGGUAUCGACGAUUUGGGCCGGACAAUGGGAAGCGAGGAUUCUUCCAGCGGCGUCGUACACUUACAGGAUAGCAGUCCGUUGGGUUAUUCGUCUCAUGAAGAAUCCAACGUCGUUGGUGGCAUCACCGCCGCGAGCGGAACCGUCGCGACGAGUAACGUUCUCGAGACGAGCUCGGAAACGAGAAACUUGACCACCGAUUCGAACGAAGCUGUCGAGUUGAAUUCGAAAAGACGAAAUCUCAUAUUUACCGAACCCGGUAACGGACAACCACGAGCCGUAAUCGUUCAAGAAGCCAUACAAACCGGUACCGGAACUGCGGUGAGCGUAAGCGAGGCUCUCGCUUCCGUGACCGGUAAAAUUGGCAGCGCGACAGUUCUAAUGCCAGCCAAUUAUAUCUUACCGAUGAAUAUCAUGAAAAGUGGACAACAAUUUACGAUCGUUUCGAGCAAUUCAAAAUUACUUGCUACCGUACCAACGUCAGUGAGGGCUUCCGGUACCAGCGGUGUUGGAAAUACUCUAGUCCUCCAAUCGAUCCUUAACCCUAGCAAAAUAAUUCAACCAGGGGGACAAAUGAAGCAAGUCAAAUUGCCGAAUCUUCAAACGAUAAACGCGAGUCAAACGUUGUCGUCGACUACUGGACAAAACGUAUUACAGAACGCGACUACGUCUCUACCACUCGCUACCCACACCACUGCGAGUACUCAAUGCAGAAGUGUCGGUGAGACCGCAAUCUCGAGCGGGGGCAGCGGCGGUAGUAUCGUUCACGACAAAACUAAUAACGAAAAUAGCGUUGGCGUUAACUCCUCGACGAGGCACGAGGCCGUCGUUACGAGUGUAACCAGCAGUGAAUCAGCCUCGAAUACGAUAAUUGUCAAUAAAACAUCAACGAUCGGUUUGCAAUUACAACGUAACAUUAGCGAUAUCGGUGGGGAGAGUCAACAAAUUUGCGGCGUUAUAACGAGCGGCAAUCCGAAUCUUGCUCUUCAAGGCCCGAGAUUGUUUAAUUCGACGAUUGCGAAAUUGGCAACAUCGACCGGGGGAAUCAAAGCUGACAGCGUCGUAUGCCUUGCGCCUGCGACUUCCGUCGUUCCUCGAACGAGCAGCGAGAAAAAGACUGGCCAGGAACAUCAGGGUACACUAUCGGAUAAGCCCGUUACUUUACAGGGACAAACUAUAGCUCUCGCUUUUGCACCUCAGCCCAAUCUAACGCUUGUCAACAAUAGUCAACAACAUCAUCAUCAUCAACAACAUCAACAAAACCAUCAGCAAGCUCAGCAGCAGCAGCAGCAGCAGCAGCAGCAGCAGCAGCACCAACGAGAGAAAGAAAUGAAAGAGGCCUCGACCGAAAUGACUUGCGGUGACAAAGUUAUCCCACCGAAAACAGUCAAAAGAAAAAUCGACGAAAACAUCGGAGCUAACGAUAAUUUAUCAAGGACUCUCAUCACGACCAACUCUCUUGUAUCUUCGUGCAUUGUGACGUCUUUGCAAAGUAGUACAAAACUCGAGUCUGUUCCUGUCUCGAGUGCUACUGCGGGUAAACAAACGACAACAACGACGAUGACGACGACGACGACGACGACGACGACAACGACGACGACUACGAGUGCAUCGAGGGGACGAACUCUCGCGACGCCAGCGACCACUACGAUUUCGACGGGCAUCGAUAACGCCGGAGAAUAUUUAGGUGAGACCGGAAACUGCGAUAGCCAAGAGUCAUCAUCGGCGUUGAUACGAAAUACGAGCGGUGGCAGUGGUAGCGGCGAAGUAUUGGACGCUAGUAAAGUUGGCAACGGUAUCAUGUGCGCCAACGCGAGACUUCAAGAGGCCUGGGAACCGGAAAGAAAAUCAUCGCCCGAUACACCGUGGAGAUACGUGCCGGCUUCUAGCAAUCAAAUAGCGAUCGAGCCGUUGAAGGUUUACUCCCGAGAGAACGAAAAUACUUCCCAAGUUCAAGGUGUGCUACAAAUAAUAAACAAAGGACAAGGCAUCGAUAUGACGAGCGGUGGCGCCGCUGGUAGUGCCAGUGGUCAAGUAGUCUAUCAGACAAACGCGAAAAAAUAUUUCAUGAAUCAUAGUUUGGUCGAGCAGCAACCACCGCCGCCACCUUUUCAACAAUAUCCGAACAAAGGGGGAAUGGUCAAGAGUCAGUCGAAUCCAAGAUUGGAUCGAGAAUUGUUGCAACAAAAAAUGGAGAGAAAAGCGGCGGCGAUGGAACGGGAGCUGAGAUUACAAAAGAGCCUGUCUGAAGAAUGCGAAGAUUUGGGGGUCGACGAGCCGAGUACGAGCGAUCUAUUUCCCGAGGCUGAUCUUCUCUUCGACACCAAUCACUCACCGUCGUUCGAUCAUCUGUCGCAGGACGCCUCGUGCAGUCAACCGCUUGGUAUGAAAUUGUACAACGCCUCGUCGUACUUUCGUCCUUUGGAUUCGUCGAGCGGGAGUCGGGAUACAAGCCCCGUUGCCAUUCCUACCGAUUUCAAAGUCAACGAGAGAAGAAAAAACGCUGCGGCGAUGCAACGAGCGAGAAAUAUCAAGGACGCGCCCCCGGUUAAACGUUCCAAACGAGAGAAAGUCGAGGACGAGAUGCGGAUGGAGAGUAGCAGCAGCCCGCCUGCCGCAAAGCACAUACGACUCAGUCUCGAUAAUCUCAGCCAGGAUGAAGCUUCCAACAGUUAUUCCGACAUUUCCAGAUUGUCACCCGCGACCGGUGUUACCGCUGCCUGCCACCACAUCAACGUAUCAGAUUUUUCCAAAGCUGAGACAAGGCGAACGAAAGUGAGAUCGCGCAACAUCUCCAAGGAGGCCGCCCCGAGCACCACCAUUUCUGCGUUACCGUCGAACAUCAAACUCGACAUAGAUAUCAUGGACUCCGAAUCACUUCCACCGGUCGCAAAUGUUAACAACGUAUCGACCGGAAGCUCCGACGAGGAGGAAGAGGAAGAUGAGGAAGAGGAGGAGGAGGAAGAGGAAGAGGAGGAAGAGGAAGGGGAAGAAGACGAGGAAGAGGAGGAGGAGGAAGAGGAGGAAGAAGAAGAAGAAGAGGAAGAGGAGGAGGAUGAGGAGGAGGAGGAGGAGGACGAGGAAGAGAGCCUCAGCCUUAUGAAUACGAGCAACACCGACGUCACGAUUGAAUCUCCUCUAUCCCCGAUCACCGGGCCACUCUUAGCGACUCACAAAUACACAUAUACCAAUAAGAAGCGAGGAACAACAAAGUUAUUACGGGCCGAAUAUCUCUCCUGGUCAAGUCCAAUGUCCGAGAGAACGAGAACGAGCAGCGACGAGGAAGAUUCGAGUAUAAGCGAAGCUAUGAGCAGCCAAACCGAGGAUAACGCCGACAUAACGAACGGUUUGGAGGAGAACGCUCGUUCGAUUAGCGCGAAGAAGGCCGCUUGCCUCAAAAAAAAGAACAAACAGCUACAAGUUAACGCCAGAGUCGUUUUGAACCGCACCGAGGCUAACAACAUUAUUGGUAAACGGAUGAAAAAUUAUGUUAUGAACGAAACAGCCUCCGCUGCGGGCGUAACUUCGAGGGACAGAGCUUCCGGAGCCUCGGACGAGGAAUCGAUCGGUACCGCUGCUAGCGCCAACAACACCGCCACGACUACCGGUAGCACAACCACCAAAACCACUACGACCGCUGCUAGCACUUGUCACACCGCGUUCAUCGAACCCGAUUGUCGCGCUCGACGCUCCAGUCUAAGAGGACACGUUAAAAAAGGCUGCGCGUGUUGCAACGGAUCCCCCGAGAGACCCAAAAAGAAAACCGUCCUCAACAAGAUAGAUCACAAAAUUAAGAAGAAACAAUUCGCUUCGAAACAGUUCACUAAGAAAAGGUAGUCCUACCGUACGAGCUCUCGCCUCGAUUCCAUAACCCCCCCCUCUACUCUAUCUAUUUCCUUUAAAUUAUCUAAAUUCGUCUUGUUACCCUCGAAUCAUAUAUCAACAUUGACCGAACGAGACCACUUGUUAAAUAGAGUAUAUUGAGAGUGACGAAUAUAUAUAAUGAAACAAUAUGGGGCUAAAAGAGAGAGACUGGACGGACCCGAACAAUACGCGCGCGAGAGAUCGAAAAUCUAAACUACUAUACAUACGACGAAAGAAAGGAGGGGGGAAGGGGGUGGCAAGAGUAAGGGCUGGGUAUAUUGCUACCUUCCUCCACCGCGAUGACGAAUAUAUUCUCCCAUCUAUUGUGUAAAUAAUUAGUACGCUUAAUGAGUGUAUAGCGAAGGCUUCGAAGCCCCCGAGAAUUUCUCGGUCGAGAUAAAUGCGAAAAUGAGAAUUAAAGAAAACAAAAAAAAAUCUAACAAAGAAACAAACUUACGAAUUAAGGGAUCGAAACGGAGAUUGAGAGGGUAGGAAUUUAGAUGAAAUUCUUCGUAAUUAUAAAUUAGUAUUAAAUUUAUUCGUCUUUAAUAAGAGAAUACGAGAAGAUUUAUUAGCAGUCGUUCUUCAUACGGAUAUAGAUAAUCGUUUUACUUUUAGGUGUUGAUCGAUUCUAGCGAUAGUCCGACGAAUCCAUUUGAGAGUACGGGCAAGAUUUAGGGAUUUAAAUGAAAUUAAGAGAAAACGUGAAAAACAAAAAAAAAGGAUAACAAAAGCAAAAGUUUUAAGAACAUUAGAAAUGCAAUCUAGUCAAGCGGAGAGGCUCGGGACAGCAUAUACAAAUGUGAAAAACAUUAAAUUGAAAGGUAAAUUACAGAAGAAAGGAAGAUUGAGAAAUGGAAAGAAUAAAAUCUUAGUAAAUGAUAUAUGAAGCAGAGAGUGUUCGAUGGGACGCUGAAUCGAGCAGUAUAAUAAUUCUCCAGCCUCGCACGAGCGCCCGGGCGGUAUCUAUCACUCUAGAGAUGUGUAUUGCAUACUUAAACAUGGCAUGCUCGGGCCAAUCAGUGAUAACGACUCUGUAUCAACAUCCGUAGUAUAUAUAAUCGAUCGACGAUUGGUCUUUUGAUUCAUUUCGUCAUUCCAUUUCUCGGAAUAUAGUGAAAAUUUCGUGCUUCUUUUUAUUACCUCUUAUCAAUACGUUAAAUGGCAAAAGUUUUCAAGUUAUUUUGCGAAAAUAUUUUAAAGCAAAGAGAGAGAAAGAGAGAGAGAGAGAGAAAAGUGGUGUAACUUACAAGAAGGAGGCAUCAAAUAUCCGUUGAUUCGCCCUCAUUAUUGGCCCGAUCAUAACGUGUCAUUUGGUGCAUGUGUAAAUCCUUUUGUAAAUUACGUAGAUUCGAUAGGUAAUUCAUUGAAGAAGAAAAAAGAAAAAAAAAAUUAACAUACUAUAUCGUUGCACUUUAGUACAAAAAUGCUUCGUCUUAUUUCGAAAUUGCAGAUUUGUAUCAUCGUCAUCCUUUUUUCCCCCCCUCUUCCUUUCCUACUCCUUCCACCGUUCUGAAUCUACCUCCAACCGCCUGCUGCUACUUUUAAUGAUAUUCGAGUCUUGGUCAUCGGAGCGAAACGAAAUCUUUUCCUUCAUUUUCAAAUCUUCAUUGUAUUUUUUCAAACUGGCAGCAUUUUUUACGCGAAUAUACAGUACAUUCGAGGCCCCUCACGGGAAUGAAUUUAAUUUUAAAAAAUCGUUCGACUCGAUUUUUUUAGCUCAAACCGUGCUGAAAAAAUGUAUAGAUAUAAAUAAUAAAAGAUUAAAAUUCUGUUGGAUUCCGACGAAUGCAACCUCGAUAAUCAUUCCUUUCUCCGUUGUCUCUCCGUGUAUUAUCGCAAUGUAUGAAUGGCCACGCAAUUAAUAACGAGAUACUGCAUUUGUAAUAAAGAAGAUUGUAUGAAAUAAUAAGUUGAUGAAGAAAUGAUUUUUGUAUCGCGGGAGAGGGGAGCGCGCGCGGUGAGACCCGUUGUAAAUUCUCUACAAGUUGAGUUUCUAUCCCAAAGUCAUUUGUUUCUUAGUUGUAGGGCGACGUGUGAGACGAAAAAAAAAAGAACGACAACAAAAUCUAUAUGUAUGUAUAAUAACGAAAUGACAAUGUUGUAUGUGGAAAAUCGUGUAUCGUAGAUACGAAUUUUUCGUGUUCAAAACGUACUUUUAUUCGUUUAUUUUCUUUCUUACUUAGAAUAAUAUCUGUUUGUACCGACUGUGAAGUAGAAUACAAGUGUAUUUCAAACAUCUUAUAUUUAUGUUUGGUUAUUUUAAAAAAAAAUUUUUUCGUUUUUUUCUCUCUUUUAAAUAUUUUAUUUGAUCUCAUUAUACGAAAAUCAUCCUUGUUCAAUAAACAAACUUGGUAUUUU